UUGUCUAGCUAGCUAGUUAACAUAGUCAAGCCUGUCCGUGACUCAAGAGGACCCAGCCAAGUUGUCGCCAUAAUGACCAAACCAAAAUGGCUGCUCUCAGAGAUUAGUUGACAGUCCGCUGGAUUCGGUUUGAUUAGAUCCUUCUGUAUUUCAACGACUCUCUAAAAUGAAACGACUAAAUAAGUAGCACAACAGCAAGAGUCAACAUUAUUCAUACAACCACGGAUACACUGGACUUAGAGGUCACCAUGAUCAAGUUCCUUCUGAUGGUUAACAAGCAGGGCCAGACCCGCCUGUCUAAGUACUAUGAGCAGGUGGACAUUGAGAAGAGGCCUUCUCUGGAGGCUGAUGUUGUCAAGAGAUGCCUGUCACGCAAAAAGGAAGAGUGCUCUUUUGUGGAAUACAAGGACUUCAAACUAGUGUAUCGACAGUAUGCUGCUCUCUUCAUAGUUGUUGGUAUCAGUGACACUGAGAAUGAGCUGUCAAUCUAUGAGCUGGUACACAACUUUGUUGAGGUUCUUGACACGUACUUUAGUCGUGUGAGUGAAUUGGAUAUCAUGUUCAACCUGGAUAAAGUGCACAUCAUCAUUGAUGAGAUGAUCCAGAAUGGACACAUAGUGGAGACCAACAAGAACCGCAUCCUGGCACCUCUACUAGCUCUGGACAAGAUGGCUGAGGCACAUUGAGCAGUUGUUUGAACCAUAGACUUAGAUAGACAUCGCAUCUGUCCAAUUAUGACGUCUUUAAGAGCACGGUCAGAGCCAUUGAGGCCAUCUCCAUUAUGUAGUCAAUUUUCUUCAAUGAGUUGGCAAACUGAAAGGGUGCACACUGCCACCUAGAGUUUGUUGUUUGAACAGGACUAAAGCAGAGGUUGGCGAUUUACUGCCACCUGCGGUUAUGGAAUGUCUCCUCACGACUAUAAUUCAUUGGCUGAUCCCUCCUGGUGACCUGGAUGGAAUUAUGUGAUCCUUGAAGGAAAACUCCUUACAUUUUGCUUUAUAUGGUGCAAAAUGCAUCACACAGGGAUGAUUUCUGUAUUUUAAUGCCGCAUUCAAAACAACUGGGAACUCUGAAAAAUACAAGGUCAAAUCAU